AUGAGGAAGGUAAAGAGGGAGGAGCGGGAUGAGGAAGAUAUUGCGAGUUUGAGAACUGAAGGAAAAGACUUAAAGAUUGAGGUCCAAGAACUCAACAUCAAGGAUGAAGUAAUAAAGAUACAAGAGGACGUGAGAUGUUUGAAAAAAGGUAACAAUGAAUUGAAAUCGAAGUUAGACGUCAAUGAAAAUUAUACAAAACAGAAGAAUAUCAUAUUAUAUGGACUGAAAGAGACACCAAGUGAAAGAUAUGAAGAUUGUGAGAGACUAAAGGACAGAGAUUAUAUAUUAAAGUGUUCAAGAGCUUAUUUGAAAUCUAUUCAGAAUAAUCAAAUUGAUAAAAGGCCAGGUGAUCAGCUUUCAAUCAGUGAAGACUACACCCUCUUGGUACGCAUGAGAAGAAAAGCGCUCAUUCCGAAACUUAUUGAAGCGAAAGAAGCCAAUACUGAAAAAUCCGAGGGUAACUUCGAAGAUGAUUUUGAGAAUUUUAGAGUGUUUGAAACUAUUAGAAAAUGUGAACAAUUUAAAGCGUCCGAUAGUGUUGUACUUCUUGUAAAGAAAAACUUAGCGAGUUUAACUGAAAGGAUUGUAUUCAAGACUGAUUAUGAGGAGAUGAUUUGGAUACGCCUGGGACUCAAGAAAUUUGGUCGUCCCAAAAACUUAAUUGUUGGUAUUGUGUACAUUCCCCCAGAAGGAUCAAUUUUCUACAACGACAAAAAUGUGAAUUGUGGUGUUAGAUUACUUGGAUGUGCUCUGUACGAAAUCGAAAACAUGUACCCAAGCGACGACGUAAUAAUAUUGGGUGACCUCAACUCUAGAAUAGGAAGAAAACAAGAUUUUGUAGAGGAAGCCAAAACAAAGCAUAAUCCUUUCUUACAAUCGUUUUACGAAUCCAGUGUAAAUGAAGCAACGCCCGUUCAACGAAAUAGUAAAGACAAUCAAACCAACACAUUUGGGAAUCAACUUAUUGAACUGUGCUGUGAUAACGAUUUCAUUAUUUUAAAUGGUCGCACACCAGGCGAUCCGUUGGGCAAUUAUACAUACGUGAGCAGCACUGGGGCUAGUGUGAUCGAUUUGGCGUUAGUGAAACCAAGGAUGCUAAGUGAUGUUUCCAACUUCACAGUUCUGGAUACGGAUAUUUCCAAACAUUUUCCAAUAUCAUGUUCAAUUUCAUUCGGCGAAACUAGCUGCCAAGACAAUGCGCUAUAG